AUAUUAACUUUAAGUUUCAGUUUGAAGUUUGAGUUUCUUGGGUAAAAUCAUUUCAGUCUUUUCAGCUUAUUAUAAAAAAAUCUAAAAACCUUUUAAUUUCCCUCUGAUUACCUUUAUUAUUUAUUGAUCAAAAUGUCUCUUGCUGCUCAAGUAACUGCUAAGCUUGCUGGUAAACGGGAUGCUCAAUUGGAGUCCGAGAUUCUUCAAUGGAUUGCAGCCAUUGUUGGUGAGCCACUUCCAAAUGGAUCUUUUGAAGAAGUCCUGAAAGAUGGAGUUAUACUUUGCAAAUUGAUGAACAAACUCGCUCCAGGAUCAUGCAAAAAGAUUGCUACUUCUGGCCCAAGCUUUAAAUUAAUGGAAAAUAUUAACUCUUUCCAAACAGCAGCUCGAGCUUACGGUGUUCCUGAAAUUGAUGUUUUCCAAACUGUCGAUUUAUUCGAAAAGCGAAACAUCCCUCAAGUCACUCAAUGUCUUUUAGCAUUAGGAAGAACUUGUUAUCUUCACUCUGACUUCAAAGGACCCUUCCUCGGACCAAAGCCCGCUGAGGAAUGCAAACGGGAAUUUACCGAGGAACAACUUCGAGCCAGUGAUGGAAUCAUCAACUUGCAAUAUGGUUCAAAUAAAGGAGCUAGCCAAAGUGGACAAAACUUCGGAAACUCAAGACACAUGUAGAUCAUUUAUAAUCGCAAAUUGACUCAAGAAAAAAAGCAAAUUAAAACCAACCUAUCCUAUUAUUUAAAUUGGAUUGAAGCUUGCUAAUCCUUGUUAAUUUGGAGCAUCUUUUCUCGCAAUUGGAUAAAUGUUCAGUGAAUAAUUUCAAUAUCAUUGUUCACAAAAAUGAUUUUACUGGCAAUGUUGUUGAUUGCUCUUUUUGUUCAUUCUGAUUGAAUCAAAUAAAAUUAAAAGACCUCGGAUCAAUCAAUAA